AUGGUUAAAAAGACCAUUAUUAUUACUAUCACAAUAGUGGUUGCACUUAUUGUUGUGGCUGCUGUUGUAGUACCUACUACUAUUGUAUUGUUAAAUAAUAAGAAUAAUAAUGAUGUUAAAGAUACAUCUUCGUCAACAUCUGAAGCAUCUACAACGGACUCUCCAACAACCUUUACUUCCACAACCACUUCUGGAGAUCCAUCUUCAACAACAACAACUGGAAGUCCGACAGCAAGUACUACCUCCACUACGGAAAAGCCGACUACUUCAUCGUCCACAACAACUUCAUCAACCACUGGAACUCCAACACCUACUCCAAAUCCCAACCCAACAGGACCUGCAUACACUAUCAAGAAUAUCCAAUUUGUUCAAACUCAUGUCCUCCCACCCAAGGGACUGAAGUGGACCACCCCAGAUAAUAGGACUACAGUACUACAUUUGGUUGGUAAUCGUGAUACUAUGGUAUUGGUUGAGUUCAAGGAGAAGAUUGUGUCAGACUUUAGACCUCUACUCCAUGUUUGGAAUCCAUCUGCCCAGAACCCAUCUUCAUUGGAUCUCGGCACCACCAUCUACUGUAACCUCCCUUUUGAGAUGCCACCCACCGAGUCCAAGGGUCCAAAGUUCGGUGAGAACUUGUAUAGUGCACGUAUCCCCGCCCAAUACAUCACUCAGGGAUUCGAGGUCACAUUUGAGAACGACAAGAAGAACUCGACUGUCCCAGUUGCCCCAGUUGUUGGAUUCGCCUCAACAGCCAUCCUCUACAACCUUCCAUUCUACAUGUUUGGAGCUGAUGACACCAACUCUGUCCCCUUCUCCCAGGUCAAGGCUGAGAAGGCUGCCAAUGUACCAUUCAUCUACCAACAAUGGCCAGUGUCCAAGCUGAUCCAUGCUAACCAUCCAAUGGGCAAGAUUGUCUUCAACACUGUCAUUCAUCACAUUGAUGGUGCUGAUGCCUACAAGAUCACAAGUUUGGACAACAUUGUUGAGAAUGAUCAGUUCAAGCUAAUGGGAUUGGUUCUUGACUUUAUCGAUAGGAUUGUCACAGCCAAUGGUGAUUCAGAUUCAAACAUUAUUACUUGGGCACCACUACUCUCCCUUCAUUCCAAUGGACAAUAUGAAGAAGUUGGAGGUGGACUUGGAGGUGGACUCAAAGGUACCGGUGCUGCACAAAGUGAUGGAGUGAUGAUCCAUGAAGUUGGACAUGCUCAAGGACUACCACAUGCUGGAGAAGCCUACACUGAUGGAAGCUACCCCUAUGCUAAGGGUAGUGUGGAUGGAUCAGCUUGGGGAUUCAACUUUAACACGAAUGAGUUCUUGGGAUUGUACAUCCCUUCCAACUCAACUGAGUAUGAGGCUUGCAAGGAGGAGGACAGAGUGAUCUACAAUGGAAGGUGUAUCAAACAGGAUCCAAUGCAAGGUGGUGCAGGUUGCCAGUCAAUUGGAUACCCAUACACAAUGUAUGCCGACUACAGUGCUGGCCGCAUUCAGAGUCUGUACGAAGGUUCGACUACAGUGGUCAAGGGUGCACAUGUGAUCAGUGGCAUCAGAACCUACCUCCCCGACACCAAGUCAUUCGUCCAGUGGGACAGUAUCGAUCAGAAGGUGGUGCCACUCAAGAUCAUCAACGAGUCUUAUGGAAUCUAUGGCAUGGACAUGGGUGCACCAUCUGUGCGCAACGUCCCCGUCUACACCAUCAUGAUCCAGUACAUCAACGCACCAACUUCAUCGUGCACUGGCUGCAGCGUCAUUUAUCCUCCAUCUCCCAAGUGGACUGGCAACUUGGUCCGCCACAUCGACCCCACCGACGCCACACAACUAGCCGAGCUCAACAUCGACUCGGGCAAUCUGAGAUGGUUCUGCGCAGGAUCUGGCUGUGACUACACCAUGCGUGUCACCUACAACGACGGAUCCAAGUACACCAAGCUGUUCCAAAAGGGUGUCAGAGCAUUCUAUGAUAUGGCGGGUGCUGCCGAACCCCAGUACACCGAUCCCAAGAAGUCAGCUAGCACCUACCUCUUCGUCGAGAAUGUACCAGGCAACAAGCCCAUCACCCUGGUCGAGCUACUCUGGACUCCAAUGGGCUAUGCCUCGCCCACACCAUCCAAUGCUCAAGUGUUGAUAUCCAGAAGUUUCUGA